AUAAUGGUUUACAGAGAGAAUAAAACAUACAGGACAGAAGUGUUCAGUGUGUAAAUCCACUGUGAUUGGCCCUGUUUGAAUACAUAGGUGCAUGUUAACUAUUCUAACAGGAACAGAGACUAUUGAAACUCCUCCCCCGAGUCACAUGAUGACUAAAGUUCACCUCAGUGCUGUAACUUUAAUUUCUCUCCAGGACUCAUGUCUGUCUGACACACAACACAACACUGGGAUUAUAUUUAUAUUGUUCUGAAGUAUCAGGCUGUUAAACCAACCAACACAAGGACAGGGAGUGGCAUCGUGUGAGAAAAUGGCUUCUAGUUCGUCUCUCCCAGAGGAGGAUUUCUCCUGUACGGUGUGCCUUGACAUCUUUAAGGAUCCUGUCAUGUUGUCAUGCAGCCACAGCUUCUGUCAAGCCUGUCUGAAGGAAUUCUGGAAAGUCAAGGAAUCUCGGGAAUGUCCAGUUUGCAGGAGAAAAUCCUCAAUGGAGAAUCCCCCUAUAAACCUGUCUCUAAAGAACCUGUGUGAGGCCUUACGGGAAAGGAGACAGACAGAUCUGAAAAGUCCAACCACAGGGUCCAAGGUGCUCUGCAGUCUACACAGUAGCAAACUCAGGCUGUUCUGUCUGGAGGAUAAAGAGCCCAUCUGUUUGGUGUGUCAGGUCUCAAGGAAACAUAAAGAUCAUGACUGUAUCCCUGUAGAUGAGGCUGUACAGGAUCACAAGGAGGAACUCCAGACUGACCUGAAGCCCUUACAGGAGAAGCUGAAGGUCUUUAAUAAAGUUAAACAAACCUGUGAUCAAACAGCAGUGCACAUUAAGACCCAGGCCCAGCACACAGAGAAGCAGAUUAAGGAGGAGUUUGAGAAACUUCACCAGUUUCUACGAGAGGAAGAGGAGGCCAGGAUAGCUGCUCUGAAAGAGGAAGAGAAGCAGAAGAGUCAGAAGAUGAAGGAGAAGAUAGAGCAGAUGAACAGAGAGAUAUCAUCACUUUCAGACACAAUCAGAGCCAUAGAGAGGGAGCUGAAAGAUGAAGACAUCUCAUUCCUGCAGAACUUCAAGACCAUGAAGGAAAGAGCCCAGUGCACAAUGCCAGAUCCACAGCUGGUGUCAGGGGGGCUGAUAGACGUGGCCAAACACCUGGGCAACCUGAAGUUCAGAGUCUGGGAGAAGAUGCAGGGGAUCAUCAAACACACUCCUGUGAUUCUGGACCCCAACACUGCAUCCUCCUGGCUCUCUCUGUCUGAUGAUCUGACCAGUGUGAGUCAGACUGGCCCAAAGCAGCAGCUCCCUGACAACCCUGAGAGAUUCAUUAAGUAUGCAGCUAUUCUGGGCUCUAAGGGGUUCAGCUCAGGUAAACACAGCUGGGAGGUGGAGGUGGGGGAUCAUCCUGACUGGAACCUGGGCGUGGCUAAAGAGUCAACUGACAGGAAGGGGGUGCGGUAUGCAUCACCAGAGUAUGGAAUCUGGGCUAUACGGCAGAGGAGUGGUAAGUAUACUAAUGGAAUGGGAGAGACCCUCCUCCUGAAGAAGAUACCCCAGAGGAUCAGAGUUCAGCUGGACUACGACCAGGGGGGGGUGUCCUUCUACGACUCCAAAGACAUGGCACUCAUCUCCACUCUUAAAGACACAUUCACUGAGACUCUCUACCCAUACUUCUCUAUUGGAUCAGCUGGUGAUGCCAAAAGCACUGGUGUACAGAUCUGCCAAUCAGAGGUGUCUCUGACAGUGAUGUCAUCCCAAUGAGGUUGUGUGUGUGUGGAUGUGUGUGUUUAUCUGUGUGUUUCUACUGCCCAGAGGCUCUAACCUCCACGGGCCCUGACCUCCAGGGGCUCUGACCUCCAGGGGCCCUGACCUCCAGGGCACCUGACCUCCAGGGCACCUGACCUUCAGGGCACCUGACCUCCAGGGGCUCUGACCUCCAGGGGCCCUGACCUCCAGGGGCUCUGACCUCCAGGGGCCCUGACCUCCAGGGGCCCUGACCUCCAGGGGCCCUGACCUCCAGGGGCCCUGACCUCCAGGGGCCCUGACCUCCAGGGGCCCUGACCUCCAGGGGCUCUGACCUCCAGGGGCCCUGACCUCCAGGGCACCUGACCUCCAGGGCACCUGACCUCCAGGGCACCUGACCUCCAGGGGCUCUGACCUCCAGGGGCUCUGACCUCCAGGGGCCCUGACCUCCAGGGGCCCUGACCUCCAGGGGCCCUGACCUCCAGGGGCUCUGACCUCCAGGGGCCCUGACCUCCAGGGGCCCUGACCUCCAGGGGCCCUGACCUCCAGGGGCCAUGACCUCCAGGGGCCCUGACCUCCAGGGGCUCUGACCUCCAGGGGCUGUGACCUCCAGGGGCCCUGACCUCCAGGGGGCCCCAAUUGCUUUUGUUACUCACUUUCACUUAUAUAUCAUAUUAACAUGGCAAAAAUCACAGCAAAAUGUUUAGAAUUGCAGGAAAGUAGAAUUAAAACUACAAAAUAAUUGUUCUAUGAAGCAAACUCAUAUGUUUACCUUUUGUUAAUAAAAUUCUUAUUCUGCUAACAGAUCCCUCUGUACAUAUUAAAUUAUAGUUUUCCAUCCCGAGUUAGUGUGAGAUAAUAUGUAGUGGCUAAUUGUAUUGCUACCAAGCUGUGUGUUUGUAGAUAGACUGGGGUGAAUAAAGCUA